UACACACACACACACCAUACUGCAAAAGCUUGAAUACUUCCUAUUUAACUUGUAGUCGUCGGUACUGUUAUUCUCAGCCACCUGUGUUAACUUCAGACCGGAGUAUGUUUUGGUCACUGCUGUGCGUAAUCGUGUCCCUGGCGUCCAUGCCGGCCGGUGCUCAGACGUAUAACAGGUACGUCGUCGGGUGCCCCGCUCGGUGCGAUAAAGCCAUGUGCCCCAGGCUGCCGCCGGACUGCCCCGCCGGACGGAGCCUGGACGCCUGCGGCUGCUGUCCGGUCUGCGCGUCCGGCGAGGGCGAAGCCUGCGGCGGCGCCGGCAAACUCGGGGACCCGGUGUGCGGAGAGGGGCUGGAGUGCUCCGUGUCCGGCGGGGUGGGCUCCUCCGCGACGGUCCGGAGGAGAAGCAAGAGCGGCGUUUGCGUGUGCAAAACCACCGACCCGGUCUGCGGCAGCGACGGGGUGUCCUACCGGAACGUCUGCGAGCUCCGGCGAGUCAGCGACCGGGCGCAGCGGCUCCAGCAGCCGCCGGUCAUCUUCAUCCAGCGCGGGGCUUGUGGGAAAGGCCAGGACAACCCAGACAGCCCAAGACACAAAUACAACUUCAUCGCCGACGUGGUGGAGAGAAUUGCUCCAUCUGUGGUUCACAUUGAACUCUACCGCAAGAUGGCCUACUCGAAGCGGGAGGUGGCCGUGGCCAGCGGCUCAGGCUUCAUGGUGGCCGAGGACGGCCAGAUUGUGACCAACGCCCACGUGGUGGCCAAUAAACACCGCGUAAAAGUGGAACUAAAGAGUGGCGCCUCCUACGAUGCCAAAAUCAAAGAUGUGGACGAGAAGUCGGACAUCGCCCUCAUCAAGAUCGAAUCACCGACCAAGCUUCCAGUGCUGUUGCUGGGCCAUUCGGCAGACCUGAGGCCAGGGGAGUUUGUGGUUGCAAUCGGCAGUCCAUUUUCCCUCCAGAACACAGUUACCACUGGAAUAGUCAGCACCACCCAACGAGGGGGCAAGGAGCUGGGUCUCCGUAACUCUGACAUGGACUACAUUCAGACUGACGCAAUCAUCAAUUAUGGUAACUCUGGAGGGCCGCUGGUAAAUCUGGAUGGUGAGGUUAUUGGGAUCAACACCCUGAAAGUAACAGCGGGCAUUUCCUUUGCCAUACCCUCAGACAAGAUCCGACAAUUCCUGGCAGAGUCUUACGACCGGCAGUCCAGAGGAAGGGCAGCGGCUAAGAAGAAGUACAUUGGUGUAAGGAUGAUGACUCUCACGCCAACACUAGCCAAAGAGCUGAAGAUGCGACACCAUGACUUCCCCGACGUCACCUCUGGCGCCUAUGUUAUGGAGGUUAUCGCAAAGACACCGGCGGCAACUGGUGGCCUGAAAGAACAUGAUGUUAUUAUCUCCAUCAAUGGCCAAAGGAUCUCAACUGCAACUGAUGUCAGCAACACCAUCAAGAGGGAUGGCACACUCAGAGUAGUGGUGCGGCGUGGAAAUGAGGACGCUAUUCUCACCAUCAUUCCAAUGGAGAUCGACCCUUGACCCUGCCUCAAACACCACACUUGAGCUUGAGUUCAUUUUUUUCCAUAUGGACCAUAUGUGGAUGUAGGUAGGAUUUCUUGUGAGCCCCCUCCCCAGGAUCUGUGGCCAGUGGCACCACUUGUCUGGCAAAAUUCUGGUUUGACCCUAUUGGGACGACUACGCAGACAUUCAAAAGCAGAGCUUUACAUUCUCAUCCAUGUAUAUUUACACUUUUACUUUAUUAUGCCUUGACUAAAGCUUUUUUUCCUUUCUUUUAUUUGUUUGAUACAGUAUUUUGCUCAGUUCGACCUUCUAAGGCAGUGUUAAACAAUGUAUAGACUCUCUGAGCAAAUCUGAUUUGUAUAAUUGUUAUGUUCCAAAAUACUUUCAUUAAGUACUGUAGUUUUAAUGUUUUUGUUGAUUGUGUUCUGUACCAAGACGAAAAUAAAGGAUUUACUU